GGCCGAGCAGGUGGCCGCCGCCUCUCCUCCUCCCUGCCUCUGCCGGCGCCGCUGUCCAGGUUGCUCCCGGACGAGGCGGGGGGGCUUUGCCCGGCCCCGGAGAGGAGGAGGAGCGCGGGACGGCUGCGGGGAGGGGGGCGGAGAGCCCGUCCCGUCCCGUCCCCUCCCCCCCCACCGUGAAAAAUGUGGCUGAGCCGGCACAGUUUUGUGAAAUUAUCAGGACUUCUGUUGGCAACACUGGUUUCUUGGUACUUGGGAUACUUUCUCAGUGCUCUUGUACCUGAAGAGGUGCUCUCAGCAUCUAUCACUAAUCUUCAAGAUAUUGGAAAGAAACCAGUGGUAAGGGCCCCAGACCCAAAAAGGCAGAAGUGUGAUCACUGGUCUCCCUGCUCACCUGGGAGCUAUGCCUAUCGAGUUCUUAGUGGUGGUGGCAAGGAAAAGCUGGCUAAAAUUUGUUUUGAGGAUAAGCUGCUCAUGAGUGAAGCAAAGGGUAAUGUUGGAAGAGGCAUAAACAUUGCCAUUGUGAAUUAUAAAACAGGAGAAGUUGUAGCGACAAAAUUUUUUGACAUGUGGGAUGGAGACCACUCUGCAGGCAUGGUGGCUUUCAUUGAAAAUGCACCACAAGGGUCCCUGCUUUUCAUGGUGACCCAUGAUGAUGGAAGCACCCGGUUGAAGAAUGAUGCCAAAAAAGUAGUAGAAAAGCUGGGAAGUAAAGAAAUACAGAAUAUGAAGUUUAGGUCAAGCUGGGCAUUUGUAGCUGCCAAAGGCUUCAAGCUGCCAGAUAAUAUCCAAAAAGAAAAGAUAAACCAUUCUGACAAGAACAACAGGUACAGUGGCUGGCCAGCUGAAAUCCAGAUAGAAGGUUGUAUCCCAAGAAACCUGAUCUGAACAAAUGCAUACUAUAUUAUAUAUACUAUAUAAUAUUACUAAUAAAGACACUUCUAUAUUUUUAUACAUAUGACUCUAGUAGGUUGCCUCCUGAAGCCUACAAGCAUCUGAACAGUAAUUGUAAAAUAAGUCAUAUGUACAGUUUUUAAGCAUUCUUUCUUCACAAGUUUUACAUAUUUCGAUGACAGGUGGAAGUAAAAUACUGUGGUUUGGAAUUACAGUGUUCAGGAGAUCAGUCAUAAAACACCAGGUUUAUUGAAAGUGAUUAUAUAUGGUCAUUAGUAAUUAUAGUUUUUGUUUGUUUUUACUGUGUGUUUUCUUCUGGUUGUCUUUAAAGACUAAUAUGAAAACAGCAUUUAAUCUAAAUUGUAAUAUAAAAUCACUACCAAUAAAUUAUUUUGAUGUUA